GGACGAUGGAGGCGCGCAGGGCCCGCCGGCCCCGCGCCCCUCACAGCGCCCAGCGCCGCCAGCAGCGCCGCGGGGCCCGGCCCUGAGCCACGCCGGAUUGAAUUUCUGCCUGGCUGAGGUUCCUGCAGUGGCAGCAUGGAGAUGAGUCGGGAGAAGCUGUGUGCCAGCAAGGCUGAUGGCAGCUCAGACUCUGCCUACCAGUGCUCGGCGUGCCACGGCGACCAGGACUGGGGCAGCACCAGCCGGGGCCGCGCCAAGUCACGCAGUUUGUCAGCUUCACCUGCCCUGGGAAGCACCAAAGAGUUCAGGAGAACACGUUCCCUGCAUGGACCAUGCCCAGUGACCACGUUUGGACCAAAGGCCUGCAUGCUGCAGAAUCCCAAAACCAUUAUGCACAUCCAGGACCCAGCAAGCCAGCGGUUGACAUGGAACAAACCUCCCAAGAGUGUCCUUGUGAUUAAGAAGAUCCGUGAUGCCAGUCUGCUGCAGCCCUUCAAAGAGCUCUGUGUGUACCUCACUGAGGAGAACAACAUGAUAGUGUAUGUAGAAAAAAAAGUAUUGGAAGACCCUGCUAUAGCUAAUGAUGAGAAUUUUGGACCAGUGAAGAAGAAAUUUUGCACCUUCAGAGAAGACUAUGAUGAUAUCUCCAAUCAGAUAGACUUUAUCAUAUGCCUGGGAGGAGAUGGGACCUUGCUUUAUGCUUCUUCACUUUUCCAGGGUAGUGUACCUCCAGUUAUGGCUUUUCAUCUGGGAUCCCUUGGAUUUCUUACUCCAUUUAAUUUUGAGAAUUUUCAGUCCCAAGUCACUCAGGUUAUAGAAGGCAACGCUGCUCUGGUCCUGCGGAGCAGGCUCAAGGUGAAGGUGGUGAAGGAGCACAGGGACAAAGGCUCAGUGCAGAAUGGGAUAGAGGAGAAUGGAGUCGUGUCUGCAAGCCUGGAGAAAGAAGUGGGCAAACAAAUUAUGCAAUAUCAGGUCCUCAAUGAGGUUGUGGUGGAUCGUGGCCCUUCCUCCUACCUGUCCAACGUGGAUGUGUUCCUGGAUGGGCACCUGAUCACCACGGUGCAGGGGGAUGGGGUGAUCGUGUCCACGCCCACCGGCAGCACCGCGUACGCCGCCGCGGCCGGAGCGUCCAUGAUCCACCCCAACGUCCCGGCCAUCAUGAUCACCCCCAUCUGCCCCCACUCCCUGUCCUUCAGACCCAUCGUGGUUCCUGCUGGGGUGGAACUCAAGAUCAUGCUCUCCCCUGAUGCCAGGAACACGGCGUGGGUUUCCUUUGAUGGAAGGAAGAGGCAGGAAAUCUGCCAUGGAGACAGUAUCAGCAUCACUACCUCCUGCUACCCCCUGCCCUCCAUCUGCUUCCGGGACCCCGUGAGCGACUGGUUCGAGAGCCUGGCCCAGUGCCUGCACUGGAACGUGCGCAAGAAGCAGAACAACUUCGCUGUGGAGGAGGAGGAGUUCUGAGUGUGCCCAGCCAGCAGGGCUCUGGCAGGGCAGGGGGGCAGAAUCCCUCCCCUCUGUUGCAUUUUGGAGCACUGGGAUGUGGCAGAAUCCCUCCCCUCUGCUGGAUUUUGGAGCACUGAAAUCUGGCAGAAUCCCUCCCCUCUGUUGGAUUUUGGAGCAGGGGAAUGUGGCAGAAUCCCUCCCCUCUGCUGGAUUUUGGAGCACUGGGAUGUGGCAGAAUCCCUCCCCUCUGCUGGAUUUUGGAGCACUGAAAUCUGGCAGAAUCCCUCCCCUCUGUUGGAUUUUGGAGCAGGGAAAUCUGGCAGAAUCCCUCCCUUCUGUUGGAUUUUGGAGCAGGGAAAUCUGACAGAAUCCCUCCCUUCUGUUGCAUUUUGGAGCAGGGCAGUGUGGCAGAAUCCCUCCCCUCUGUUGGAUUUUGGAGCAGGGGAAUGUGGCAGAAUCCCUCCCCUCUGCUGGAUUUUGGAGCACUGAAAUCUGGCAGAAUCCCUCCCCUCUGUUGGAUUUUGGAGCAGGGGAAUGUGGCAGAAUCCCUCCCUUCUGUUGGAUUUUGGAGCAGGGCAGUGUGGCAGAAUCCCUCCCCUCUGUUGGAUUUUGGAGCUGCCCUGUGGUUGUGGUUGAUGUCCCUCAGGGGUUGGGAUUGGGGAGGGUUUUGCUCCUUCCUGUGCAUCAGGAGGGGAGUGGAAGGCUCUGAUGGUUCUGAAUUUCCUUCCAAUGAGCAGUGGAUUAUUCCUGACUGCUAUCCAAAACCACAUCUGCAGAUUUGAUUGUAACCUCUGACUUACCAGUUCCAUGGUAGGCUGAAUGUAGCUACACUAGGGAAAAGUGGCAGCAGAAAAGUGGCAUUAAAAUCUUCCAUUUGAUAGGUUAUAACUCCAUUUAACACUGCUAGGAACAGAAAGGCUCUGAGAAGUUUUCUUUUUAAAAAUAAUAGUUCUUCUUUGUUAUCUUGCCCAGAAAAUACUUUCUUACUUGCAAGUGUGACACACUGAAGAAACAUCCACAAAGGAUGUUUUUUAUUAAUAGAUGGAAUUAGUAAUAAAAAGUAUAUAUUUUUAAUAUAUACAUUUCUUUCUCUUGUGCCCAUUUGAGCAGUGGUUGACCCUGGCUGUCAGCACUGUGGAAAUAGCCACAAACAGCAGGGAUGAGCAUUGAUUAUUUGUAGCUGAGCUGAUUCACAGCUCUGCACUUCCUCUUGGUGGGAAUCAUCCAUGUGUUGGUUUUUGUUAUUAUUUUUGUUUGAUUCCCUGGGAUAAAUGGUAGCAUUAGAGACUAUCAUGUUUAAAAAUAAUAAUAAUAAUUCUCCAAGUGUUCAAGAAGAAUCUGGACUUCACUUGCUACUGAAUUCACUGUUGUCCUGAAGAAAAUAUCCUGUUCUGAGAUCCUGAAUGCCCUCAACUUCCAUGGAUACCUUCCAACUCUUGGUGCUGAGCAAUCCAGGGUGGGAUUCUGCAUUGCUGGGUGGAGAAAUGAGAGGACACAUUCCCAGUGGAGUAGCAACGGUGCCUUCAGCACACUCAAGAUUAUUCUAAGUCUCACAUUUACUUUUUUUAAGAUGCUUUCAGGUGUUUCUAACUUCUCUCUGUACAUAUUUUAUUGUAUGUGCUUUUAUGAAAGAACAAAAAAAAAAAAAAACCAACCAAACCCCACCAAAAGAACUGGUUGGGGUGGGGGGAAAGGGUUUGUACUGUACUUCAACUGCAAAAUAGCAAACCCAAGGAUAAUGUUUACAUUUAUGUUCUCUGUGGUGCAGUCUCUUGAUCAUUUUAUCCAAACUUCAGCAUUUUCAAGUCUUGCUGCAUCGCUCACUGAAGGAAGGGCCAGGAGCUGUUCAGUGCCAAGGAAUGAAUUUCCUGCCUGAGGUGGGAGUUCCUUGGGGAUGAGGGAGAAUCUCUGCUGAAAUUUCUCAUGAUUGUCUUACGUUGUUUCUGUGGUCCAAAGUGGAAAUGGGAAAUGGUUUCAUUUCCAGCCUCUGCCUGACCUGUUGUCCUCUGGUGGUUUCAAUAAUGUCUCAUCCCUUUGGGAGGCUGAGCUCAUGAAAUGCAGGUGAGAGCACUUUUCCAGAAAAGAGAAACAAACUCUUGGUAAUGAUUUAAAAUCACAACGAACAGCGUUGGUAUUAAUGAACGCUUGGUUUGUACAUUUUGUAACAUAGAAUAUUGCUUUGGUUUGGUCAAAACCAGAUGGAUUUUGGGAUAUCUUGGAGAAUAUCCAGAGAGCUUUUGGGAUUUCUCUUUCACUUGAAUCUGCAGUCAUUGUUUUAUCACUGUUUUGAAGCUGCUUACGGGUUUCCUGAGUGAGUAUUCAGUUAUUUGAUAACUGGUUACUUUUUGAGCUAGAGAAGUGUCAGGCUAUUUUGCUUUGGAACUAUUUUAUUUAAACAUGCAAUAAUUGAGAGAAGGAGCAGGGUAUGGUGUCUAGAGAAACGUGUGGAUGAGUGCAGAAUGAGCAGUUCUAGGCACACUGGGGAGUGGAAAAUCAUUUUGCAGAGGUGAAAUGAUUUAUGAGCCUUAUCUAGUAUUUUUUUAAAGAUAAAACUAUAUUCAGCACUUUUUAUUUAUGCUUUUUAUAAUAGUAAAGCUAUUCUUGACUAAAUUGCCAGACUUUUAAUUUUCAGAGUGCACAGGUAAUGAAAUCUGUAAUCAAAGUGUACUGAACUACUUUAGAUCUACAUUAGGGGUUAGCUUGAAAUUUCUUCUUUCAAUUUAUCACCUGCUGCAAUGGCAUUGCUGCCUCUGAGGCUGCUGCAGCUUUGCUUGUACAGAGUUCUGCUGACAAAAGGCAUUUUCUGGGGGUGCUGAGCCCAGGCAGAGCUGCAGCCCUGGCUCAGGGAUCCAGUCCUGGCUUCUCCUCCAAAAGCUGCCUUGAUUCUCUCUGUUAAUCCAUCACCAAUCUGAGUGUACCAAGUCCCUUUCCAAGGCUUUUAAUCUGCAAACUGAGGAGAGUGAGGCUGCAGCAGCCCUGGAGUUGUGCAUUUCAACUGCUCCAGGAGCAGAAGCAGAAAAAAGCUGAAAUGCACCUCACUUUAUUGGCAAUAAAACCUCCUUGUGCUAAUGUAGCUUCUUCAGAAUAACUUGGUCAAACUGUGCUAAAAAACAGGGGUUUGCUGAUUAAGAGUUUUUAAUAAAAGGGUUUACAGGUCACUGGCACCUGCAAAUCCUUUCAUCUACAAAGGGCCAAAAUGGAAGCUGGGAAAUUAAUUUGUUUUUAAAAAGAAAAAAAGUUUUCCUCUGGUAGAAAUGGAAGAAGUUGUUACCAACUGUAGUAGGGAAUAAAGCAGUGUACUGAAUUUUUAAGAGCUAAAAAAAUCCUGUUACAGAUUGUUAACAUAUUGAAAACUUGGUUUUAAAUAUUGUUGAGAAACAAAAUAUUUUUCAAUCCUUUCAAUAAAACCUUUUUGUAAAGUUGAA